AUGGCUGAAGCCUUGACCACCGCUCUCGGCAGUCGGCUGGAGGCCGCGGUGUCCUGGUCUGCACCCACCUGGGACUUCUCGGCGCUGGGAGGAAAUCCGCCAUCCCUCUCUGCACCGCCAGCACCCUCAUCGCUCUCAUCUCCGGCAAGAGUCUCCGCUCCACCCACCCAACAUGCCACCUCACCCGCUCCUCCACCACCCGCCUCCCUCCUCAGCCUCUCCGACGAACUCCUCUCCCUCAUCCUCUCCUUCGCCAUGAUCCACACAGGAAGCUCCAGAGCCGUCACAUCCGUCUUCUCCUACCCAUCGGGAGUGAUUCCAGGCGACAUCCACUUUUCUCUCCGCCACUUGCUCGGCCCACUCCGCUGCCAUCCACGUCUCUACGCCAUCGCCAAGCACGAAUUCCUCCGCUCGAAUCUAGCGGUGCUGAACUGUGCCGACAUCAGAGCGUCUGCAGUGGCGCUCAUUCCGCCGGGUGGUGUGACGAAGCAUCCGACUUCGGUACUGCUGCAAAGUCUCACUCACAUCCAGCUGCAUGUCUCGGUCUCAGAUUUGCGAGCGCCGUUCACGCAGAGGUUUUCGAGACAGUUUGUGGAUAUGUUGAAUAUGGACCGGGAGUGUGCUGAACUCCGCAUGCUGUCCACGUACUGUCCGAAUUUGAAAUCUGUUCACCUCUUCCUCAAAGUGGAUGAGUGGUAUCUCGUUGCUGCCGGGACGGAUCUGCGACGGAAUGGAAGGGUGAAGGGCAUGACGGAGAGGGAGGUGAGGUACAGGGAGAGAGCGGAGACGAUUGUGGAACUGGCGAGGGAGGUCCUGCCGUAUAGAUGUUUGUCGGUUGCAUUUCAUCAUUGGGACGGAGGUUGCGAGCUCGUAGAUGGACGGGAGUGGAGCACGAGUGAGGUUGUGGAAGGGAUUUUGGGUGGGAAGCCGGAGGAGACUUGGAGGGCACCGACUAUCAGGCUGAGAUGAAGAAUUGCGUUGGGAGCCAUGGUACAUUGGAAACCUCACUGAGCGAAGCUCAACCGGCGACCACGACAUGAAUGUCUAUCUGCAGAUGACGAGUCAGCAGCCAGUAGUACAUCAAGCCUGACCGACACUUCGUCAAUGGGAAGCAAGCAGUCUGUGGUCGAAGCCACAUCUCAUACGCCACGAUCAAGCAAGAAUCAACAAAGAGCGAUGUUCGAGGCUACCUGCACUACUCGAAUGUACAGUCAAACUCAGGAAGCGCCACUCGCACCGCAAACAUGGCGCUCUGCCGCCGAGAAUCUUCUCUGGAUCUGAAUGAGCUCGAGUUAACGGCAUUGAGCAUCUUCGUCAAUCGUUCUAAUCG